AUGAACAAACCACCGGCCCUAUUUUGCAUAUUGCUACUGCAGCUGCUGUACAUUGCACCAAGCAAACAGGCUUCGACGGCAAACGAUCCACACUACUGGGCCGGUGUGGUGGAAUUCAGUUCCGACCGGGUAGCAAGCGAAUCAGUUGAAACCAGUACGGCCAACCGGCUGGAACAGUAUCUCGCCAUCAUUAACUCCGGCGAAGCGAACGUUACCGAUGUGAUCGUAUUUCCCGAAGGCACACUCAAUCGCUACGAAACCGCUUCCUUUGUGCCACAACCACAGGACCAGAUAGUACCGUGCAACAACCUGUCGUACGAACGGGUCGUGCGUGACAUCUCGUGUGCGGCACGCAAUCGGAAAAAGUACGUCCUGAUUAAUCUGACCGAAAAAGCAAGAUGUCCCGAAGGGAUGGACAAUCGGCCAUGCAGCCCAGAUGGAUUGUAUCACUUCAACACGAACGUGGCGUUCGAUCGGGAGGGUAUGGUCGUAUCGCGCUACCGGAAGUUCAAUCUAUUCGGUGAGGCGGGCAUCAACACGACCAGCUAUCCGGAGAUUGUAAGCUUCGAAACGGAUUUCGGUGUACGGUUUGGACACUUUAUCUGUUUCGAUCUGAUGUUUAACGAACCCGCGCUGGAGCUGGUACGGCUGGACGUGACGGAUUUCAUCUUUCCAACGAUGUGGUUCUCGGAACUGCCCUUCCUGACAGCGUCACAAAUUCAACAAGGAUGGGCCUUCUCGAACAAUGUAAACCUGCUGGCGGCUGGUGCGAGCUUUCCGGGUGUUGGUAGCACCGGAACGGGUAUUUAUUCGGGCCGGCGCGGUGAGAUCCUCACCGUCAUGAAUCAUGAACCACAAACUAAACUCUACGUUGCUCAGGUACCGAAAAUGAACUUCCCAAAUGCGGCCUUUAACAAAAUACCGCAGCCGAAAGGUACACCGGCCCAGAUGGCCAAACUGUUUCUCAAGCGGGACCAAAUCGACCGGUACACUACGAAGGAUCUUCCGAUGACUUCCAACGUACAGCUCGAGGAGAGCGUUUGCUAUCAAACGCAUUGCUGCAACUUUACCAUCAACUAUAGCGUCAAGUCCAAUCUACAGAACACGCAGUACUAUCGCUACAAGCUAGCCGCGUAUGAUGCCGGCCGUACGUUCGAUGGUUUUGCCGAUGGACAGAUUACGACGUGUGCCAUUUUUGCCUGCUCGUCCACGAACUAUAGCGACUGCUCGAGAAGAUUCGACGCGAACGAAGCGUACGAUGAUCAAGCCGUCACGUUCAAUUCCAUCACCAUUGUGGCAAAGUUUGCCAAUAACCGUGAUACGUUUGUACUGCCCAACAACGUGGACACUAGCAUCGUACCGUUCGAUGUGUCGGAAACCGAAUACAACGUUGUGCCGAGUGUGGGUGAUGCGACACCGCACAACAUUGUGACCUACAAGCUAAACCGUCCUCAUUCGGAUCUGUACACUUUCGCUAUUUGGGCACGUAAGUUUGAGGGUCAUGCUAGUGCCGGUGCUAAUCCUUCCGCUGUGUAUUCGACGUUAGUAUUCGGUGUGAUUGGUUUGAUAGGUUUGGUGAAGAAUUUGUGGAAGUUUUAACAACAUUAUCCCACUCCCAGCAG